AUGGAGCUCCACUCCUUGUCAUUUUACCCUUUUUGUCUACCUAUAACACUGCGCAAGUCAGCCUGCCUUACGCGUUGUUUACGCUCCAGGAUUGUAGUAACAGAUAAUCAAUAUCAGUACAAGAAUCUGUUCGAUGCGAUGACAGAUGCUCACUAUGCCGCUUUGGAAAAGGCUGGUGCCCCCAAUUUGGAGAUUGUUAUAUCAGAAAGUGGGUGGCCAUCAGAAGAAACCUCGAGCCACUGGAAAAGCAGGAACUUACUACAGGAAUUUGUUGGUCAUGUGAAUGGAAACACAGGGACUCCCAGGAAGCCUGGAAAGGCUAUUGAAACAUAUUUGUUUGCCCUGUUUGAUGAGCACCGAAAUCUGCAGGACUGGAGCACAUUUUGUGUCUUCUCGCCAGUAAAGCGCAGAGCAUCAACUAACUUUUGCCUGAAAGAGUUGCUACAGGUUUCUGAUGGGCUUUAA